CCUUAAUGUAAACAAAAACAAUUCAAAUAUUUGUUAUUUUAAACAAUAUUAAUUAUGGCUGUACCUCCGAUAGCUUCCCAAAGCGUUACUUUAGUCAGUGAAGAUCAUGCCUUUGUGACCCCGGUGAAGCUGGUAAAAACCUACGAGGACAUGCAGAAAUGGGACAAAUCCGAAGCUUAUUUUGAAUAUUUAGGCUUCAUUUUUGCCAUAAACGACUCCAUAAAGGGCAUCAGCAAUUCCAAUGGUUCGGCAAAGGCUUCAGAAAAUAUUAACAAGGUUUGCAUGCUGUUGGAUACUCUGAGCAAAUGGGUGGACGAAAUUCCUGCUAUUGAGCAAAAUCAGCGAUUCGGCAAUGUUGCGUUUAAGACUUGGUAUAAUCAGUUGAAAGAGGAAGCAAUCGAACUCCUGCAAUCAGUCCUCCCAAGCGAACUCUACCGAUCAAUCCCCGAAAUAAUGGUCUACCUGGAAGAAGGUUUCGGAAACCCCAUAAGAAUCGACUACGGCACCGGACACGAAAUCUCAUUCGUCAUGUUUUUAUGUUCCCUGUACAAAAUCGGAUUCCUAAAGGAGUCCGAUUUUGUCCCAACCGCUUGCAAAGUGUUCGUCAAAUAUGUAGACUUGGCCAGGAAGUUGCAGCAGGCCUACAGAAUGGAACCGGCCGGAAGUCACGGAGUUUGGUGUCUGGACGAUUAUCAGUUCGUACCUUUUAUUUGGGGCAGUUCACAAUUAAUAGGUCAAUCACAAAUCCAACCAGCUAUGUUCCUAAAAUUCAACAUAGUAAACAAAUACAGCGACGACUACAUGUUUCUUGGCUGCAUCAAAUAUAUAAAUCAAGUCAAGCUGGGCCCCUUUGCUGAACACUCCAACCAACUAUGGAACAUCAGCGGUGUACCAACAUGGCUGAAAAUCAACCUCGGCCUUAUUAAAAUGUACAAAGCCGAAGUAUUGUGCAAGUUUCCGCUGGUGCAGCACAUUGUGUUUGGGUCGUUGUUCACGUUGCAACCGGCUGAGGCGGGUGCUAGUAUUCGGAGACCCCCUGCACCGGAGCCUCCUGCUGUUUUCGUCACUCCAACUCCUUCAAUGAUCCGGCAAAGUUCUGAAACUUCUUCGGGACAACAGGAACAGGAUGAUGUUUCUAGUCAGUGAUUGGAUAUUAUGUAUGAUGUGAUUUGUUUAUUUAUUUGAAUGGGAAAUAUUGUAAUUUUUUUUUUUUUUUGUAUAUAUGUUUAUGAAAAAUUAGUUGUUUUGUUUAUUUUACAGAUUACUCAUAUUAUUCAAUGAUAAUCAUAGAAGGUUUUUUUUCUAAGUAAGUUCCCCUACUGUUUUUCCCCUUGUUGCAAUGAUCGAUAAUUUCUUACUUUUUUUUUUGUCUAUUUGCCAAGUGUAGGUAUUUUAAUUAAUAAUAAUUAUUGUGUAAAUAUGUAUUUAUUUUUCGAAAAUUCCUUGGAAUUUAUUUUAGUACAUGGUCACCCACAAGUGUGUUUUGAGGUUGGGGAAUUACAGUUUAUUGAAUCAUAUUUUGCCAAUUGCCUACUAGCAUUGGAAAAAAAAAUUAUAAUCAUGAGACUCUAAAGAAUUUUGAUCCUAAACCCUCUGGGCACGUCAUUGAUCCUAGAGAAGUCAAUUUAUUCAUAUUUUGAAGAACCGUAAGGUGCCCAAAAAGCUCAGAAUACUUGAAAUUGAAAUCAGAAAUAUGUAUGUAGUUUUAACAGAUUCUGAAAGUCACUCGAAUUAAAUCACAUCAAUAAUUUAUUAAAUAAAUAUCUUAAAACUAAACAGACUUUUAUAAAUAAAAUAAUACUUUAUCAAAUGGCAGAAACAAUAAAAAAUAAAUAACAAUAAUUAAUAUAUAUGUGUAGGUAGUACCUACCUAUAGGAUCAAAUUUGAUAAUUCAAGAUUCUUUUAUUUGAAACAAUUUUCAUUCAAUAAUUACAAUAGAACAAACAAACAAAUAAUCAAUACAAAGAAAAUCAUUAUUCAAUCAUAGAAAAAAAAUUAUUAUUGUCGAUAACAAUAACAUUUUUCCCAAUUGAAAACCUCCUUUGGUAUCAAUCAAAUCUCACAAUUAUUUUAAUUUGUAACUAAAGCCACAGGAAACAAACCAUUCAAAUCGAUGUCAAAUUUCAAAGGAAUCUUCUUCAUUUGGCGAUUAUUUUUCACCAAAACUGCUUCGUUGACUUGACAUCUGGAUUUCUUCCUAUUGCCAAUCAAAGUACCAUUAUUGCCAGUAUAACUAACACUGUCUGCUCUUAUUUCUCCCUUAAUGACAACAGUCCCAUUGUUGCCAAUAUACUCAACAAUACCUUGACACUUUGUUAUGUUAACUGAACAAUUAUUUCCAACUAGUUUGACUCUGGAACAAUUGGACACUAUUGUGAUUGAAUUAUUAUUGCCGAUUAAUUGUAACAAUCCCAAAUUUUGCACUAUUGUAAUCGAAUUGUUGUUGCCGAUUAUUGUUGUAGUUGUAGUAUUUUUUUGGUAAGUCAAUUGCAAAUUGUUGCCGGUGAUUUGUUGAGGCGCUGAGGCACUAUUUACUACUGGUACCACCAUGAUUUAAAAAAC